AGCGACGAAGUGGUGAAGAAACCGAGAGAGGUUCGAAGUGCCAGUUGGGACGGGCUGACCUGGAGCUUGAGGAGACGGUGUUGGAAGAAUGGGAAGCAAGAGGAGUGAAUCAUGGGGAAGAUAUGAUAGGUAUAGGGAAAAUGAUGGUAGAGGAUGGGAUACUGAAGAUGAGAGGCGGGAGAGGGGACGAGAGCCUGAGCGAAGGCAUGAUGAACGCCGUGGUUUUUCGGCUGAUGGAAGGGGUGAAGGGCCGCGACCAGUUAAAUGUUAUGAGUGUGGGGAGCUUGGGCAUUACAAGAGUCAGUGUCCCCGACUACAGGGGCGGUUCGGAGGAGGAGGGGGAAUUCUUAAUUUGAGUAGAGAGAUCGAGGAGUCGCUGAGCGCCGUGGGAAAGAUGGCUAAGCAAGUACUCGACAAACAACGUGAGGUUGAAGCUGGGAAACAGGAGGCUGAAGCGAAGUUGAAGAAGGAGGAGGAGGAGAAAGCGAAGAGGGAAGAGGAGGCAAGAGUGGCGCUGGAGAAGAAACAGGCAAAGGAAGAAAAGGAGAAGAAAAAGAACUGGGAGUUGAGAAAGCUCCUCGCCAAGCAGGCGGAGGAAUACGAGUUGAAGAUGGAGAAGCUAGUUGGGCUCAGUAAGAAGUUGAAAGGAGUGACAAUCGGAACUAAGGAGAGAGGAAAAAUGAAAAAAGUGUCGUCGAGUUCAGAAGAUGCCGAUGACGACGAAGCCGAAGAGGAGGCAACGCCGCUGAAGGACAAGAGGAAGCGUCGGGAUCCUACCGGAGGGGCGGUGAACAGCCCGCCUGUCGAAACGCCAAAGAAACAUGGGAAGCAGGAGGGGGUUGAUACCCCGACGAGUCAACGACGUAAAGGGAGAGGGAGACCGUCAAAAGCGGAUGCUCAAGCAGCGAGGAUGGAGAAAGGUGAAGACCCAUGGGAAGGGGUGCCUAUGGGAGAGAAGUUCGCAACCGAAGCUGCAUAUCGGAAGGUCGUGCGAAGGGCAAUUGGGUCGUUUUACCCAGAGACGCUCAAGCUGAUGUGUAAAGGCGCUGGUCUGCCGUUCUAUGGAGUUAAUGACGCCAUCGAUACUUUGACAGAACUACGGGUUACGAACUGCUACCGUGGUAAGAAGGCACCCAGUCAGUCCUCGAGCCGUACCACCGAAGACGAGCAGAUUAGGGGGGAGAUCCAGGAUCCCCAGGACCGGGCUGACUUGGAACCACUGGAAUCGAAAUUGAUAAGACGAUGGUGCCCCGGGCUGAAUGUGAACGGGUGGAAAGACGGGAGGAACAGGAAGAAGAAGAGGAGGAAGGGAAGGAAGGAGAGGAAGAAGAAAAAGAGGGAGUAUUUUGAUGAAGAGAAGGUGCUCAGGUUUUACGAUGAGAAGGGAAAAAGUUCGGGAAAAUUGUCUGAGUUAAUCAAGUCGAUUAAAGGUAAGAAGGAAAGAUCGAUCGUAUCUAGUGGAGGGAAGAUUUGGCUUGAAGAUUGGGGAGUGAUUAAAAGGGUGUUUGGGGAAUCCGACAUGCUGUUCCAGAACGCGAGAAGUAAGUUACGAAAUUCGAAACAUGACCUCGAACAAGGAGGAGAAGUCCGUUUCAUGAGAGUUCGGGAGCGCACUUCGGGGAACCCUGUGCUGAAAAAGCAGCUAUACCAGCUGCUGAAGUGUCCCUGGUCAAAGAAGAAGCUAGACGAUCUCCAGUUAGAUCAGCUUAUCGACUUGUACCAAGAAACCAAGUGCAUUACGAGGAAGUGUUCAAGGAAGAGCUUGAGAGAUACUAUAGAUAAAGUCUUGAAGAGGAAGUUUGGGGUGAAUCUGAGAAGGAGAGUUGUUGUGGGAGUGAAGUAUGAUGAUCGGAUCUCAAGGGCGGAAAUUAGGAAGUACCUGGUGAAGAAGAUUGGGGAACAGAGUCUGUUACCUGCCGAAGCUAAGCCGCGCUGUCAGAAGCUGCGGAUGGUCUGGAGAAAAAACCAAACUGUUGGAUGUCUUCUACACAACCAUAGGCGAUUCAGUCGCCUACUGGCUACGGUUUGCUCUUGUGCUGACCUACAGCUCCCUAGACAGGGAGAACACGUAGCUUUUCGCUUAAGCAGCAGGGGGGAGGUUGAUUCGAGAAUUCGGAACGCAAAGAACGUGGUUAGAGGGAUCGAUAGUUCCAAUGAGGAGAUUAAGUUGUGUACAGAAUUGAAUGAGGAAAUGAAGAAAGCGGGGUUGGAACCUACCUGGACGUUGCAUCAAGCCAGGAGUUGUAUUCAGAAGAGAAGGGGAAGUCAGGAUGGGCUGAUAGAUGAAGUCGAGAAAGUGAAACAAAAAUGGGAUGGAUUGGUGUUCUGUCAGUUGGAUAAGAAUCCUUCGGAGACCUUAGUUAUGUGCCCUGUGUUGUAUGAGGAAGCGAUGCGAACGAUGUUUUGGGAAAACAAGGCCUUCGACCCUGUCUGGAGGAGAGAAGAGGAGGUGAUGGUGAAGGCGAAGAAAGAAUUUGAGGAGAAAGGACUUACAACAGUAGGGAGUUGGAAUGGCAAAGGUUCAUGGGGGAAGGCUUAUGUACUGCCUAAACACAAGGACACCUCGAAGUUCCGGCCUAUCUCUCCUUCGUUCCCGAAGCCUGCACGGUUGGCGAAUCAGAGAGUGACGAGGGCAUUGAACCUCCUACUCUUCUCGCUGCCAAAGAACUGCAAUUUUAAUUUGAAGUCUACUAAUUUGAUGAAAUCGAGGUUAGAUGAUGUCAAUAAGUGGGCCUCAAAAAAGAAGAAAGGGGAAUUGAAGGGGGUCGCUUACGACAUUAAGGAAAUGUCUAGUAGGCUCCCGCAUGAUUCAGUGAGGAAGGCUAUCGAUUGCAUCCUAUCUGUCUUUGAGAGGAAAGGAAAGAAACAUUUGUUGGUGAGGACGAGAGGUAAAGGAGCCUCGUUUGGAGUGAAGAAAGGUGAGGAGGGAUGGGUGAAGAUCACCUUUGAGAUGAUUCGACAGAUGGUGGACUUUGAUCUCAGUAACGCAUUCAUAUGGGUCUCUGAUAGACUUAUUAGACGGAGGGAAGGUAUUCCGAUGGGGAAGUCAAGCAGUCCCCCCAUUGCGUGUAUUCUGUGUGCAUUCUACGAAUUCAAAUUUUUGAAUAGUUUGGGGAAGGAUGUGGGGCUUGUUAGGGGGAUUAGAUUGGUUGACGAUGUUUCCCUUUUUGUGUGGCAGGGUUGGGAUAAGAAAAAUCGUGGGAAGGUAGAUGAUAUCAUCAGUAGGUUUGAGAAAGCGUAUGACCCGAAGCUGGCAUUGAAGAAGACUGAUGAUGGGCAGAAUGAAUGGAGUUUCCUCGGUUGCAGAAUGAAGAUUGAGGUCGGGGUGGUGGUCAGUUGGUAUAGAGCGAAGAAUUUCAAGGAAAUCUAGGAUGACAGCGAUCAACUAGUCUACCGGUGUUUCCAGGACUUCUCAUCGUAUACCUGUAUGAAGCAGAAAAGGACG